AUGGCGAAGGGUAAAGAGAAUAUUGGGGUAGCUGCAAAUUUGCAUGAUGUGGAGUCACAGGCAUUGCUGCAACCUUUUGGCCAGGAAAAUUUAAGGAAGAGGAGAAGUGGAAAAACUCCACUUGUGGAAAUAGAGGUUUCUGAGGGGGAACUGGAGGACAUGCUGGCCAAGAAGCCCAAGAGAAUGGAAGAGGAGGUUUUGGACAAGGCAAGAGUAUUCAGGUUUGAGAACUAUUGGCUGCAUCAUUCUGAUUUCAAACAAGUUGUUGCCUCUGCUUGGAGCAUCCCAGUUGGAAACCUUGAUUCUGUUAAGUCUUUGAAUGCUAAGUUCAAGAUUUUAAGAAGAGCUUUGAAGCUGUGGGCUAAAUCUCUGUCCUGUCUGAAAUCUACAAUUGCAAAGUUAAAUGAGCUCCUCUUCAUGUGGGAUUUCUUUGAGGAAUUUAGAGAGCUGGAUACUCAUGAAUGGAGCUGCAGGGCUAUUCUUAAAGAACAACUGCUUAUUUUACUGAGGAACCAACAGAUUUAUUGGAAGCAGAGAGGAAAAAUCAAGGGGGUGAAGUUUGGAGAUGAAAACACAAAAAAAAUUCACACAAAAGCUUCCAUCAAUUACAGGCAUAACCAUAUUGUUAUUCUUCACAAUGAGGACCAAAUGGAGAUCUCAGAUCAUGCUGGUAAAGCUGCUAUUCUCUUGGAUGCUUUCAAAAAAAGAAUGGGCACAUCCCAAGAAACCACAAUGCACUUUGAUCUAGUUUCUUUGUAUGGGCAGAGACAGCAUUCAGAUAUUUUUGCUAAUCUGGAAUUGCCUUUUACUGCUGAAGAAAUUGAAGCUGUUGUCCAUGAUCUCCCAAAUGACAAGUCUCCUGGCCCUGAUGGUUUUAACAAUGAGUUCCUCAAGUCUUGUUGGGAUAUUAUUAAAGAAGAUGUGCUCAAAUUCAUUUAUGAUUUUCAUGCAGGGCACAUCUCCCUUGAGAGUUUGAACACUUCUUUCAUAACUCUCAUUCCAAAGGGUAAUUCUCCAUUGACUGCAAAUGAUUUUAGGCCUAUCUCUUUACUGAACAGCUGUCUGAAAAUUGUUACUAAGCUGCUGGCAAAUAGAUUGCAAAAGGAAUUUGAGGCUAUAGAGGACAUCUGCAUUGCUUUAAGGGCCUCUGAUACUUUGGAUUGCACAGAUACAUGGAGCUACAUAUGGGGAACUGAGCAAUUCUCUGUGGCUAAGGCAUACAAAGUGCUGAUGGGAGUUAAAGCUUGUUGGGAUCUGAUCUGCCCUUCAAGGCAGGCAAAUGUUUCAAUCAUGGAAGCUUUUCUUGAUCUCAAGCAGAAACUUCAUAUUAAUAUAAACAAAAAAAUUGCAGUGGGGUUUUUGCCCACUGUGUACAGUCAAAAAAAAGAUGGCGAGGAGGAGGGGGUGUGGAGAUGUUGGGCGCUGGGACUAAUGCGCAGAGGAGGGGACAGGAGAUGCGUCGCCGGCAUGCUUGCCGAGGUCAGCAUCGGAGAAGAUGGGGAUGGGGUGUAA